GAGCUCAGUGCAAACUUGUAUCUGUGCGGGAGGUGUGUGUGUGUUGAGGCUGCCACGUUUUCGACUUUGUUAAUGUUGUUAGCGUAUGAUAUAUAUCAAAACUUAUACAUAGUUAUAUAUAUGGUUAAAGUGUACAUAUGUCUUGUAAUAUAGCAAAAUUUUAGUGUGAAUAAUCCCGUGAGAUGAUAUAAAUUUAGAGCGGCAUCCUAGGCGUGCGAAGGGUUUGUCUGUCUCUCAAGGUUAUCCUCUCGUCUUGGGGCCGCUGAACUUCAAGAACAGAUGUGGGCGUUGUUGUGAUCCAGGCCCGGCACUAGCACUCAGCGUUAGUCUUCCACCGCUCCACCACACCUAAGAUGCCACUCAGUCCAGGUGAGGACACAGAACAAGAGGAGGCGGGCGUGAUGUCGACGCACAAAAACACCUCGGCGGCGUUGUCCCUCCUGGAGCGGAUACAACGUUCCAUCAAGGAAUCCGAGGACACGAGGCUGUCUGACCAGUGUAGUAAUGACCUCAACACGCUCAUCUCCGUCCUUGAGAGUCCCGUCUUUAGGGGCAUCGUUAUUAUACAGGAUUCACUGAAGGAACUGAAGAAGCAGGUGUUGCAGCACCCGUCCAUCGUCCCUCGUGACUUCGAUAUCACGGAGGACGGGAGGCUGGUCCUUCGUGUGGCGCAGGACCCCCUCCACUUCGCCCCUGCCGCCGCCUACCCUGCACCCGCCGCCGCUUCUAAGACUGCACUCAUUACCCAGCUCGAUGGCCCCGAUGUCGUUCCCAGCAAGGGCGCGGAGAGCAUAGAGCUGAAGGAACUAGUGCACGUCAAGGAGGAGGCGCAGGUGGAGGAUGAGUUGAUGGUGGAGAAGAAACUGAAGGAAGAACAGGAGAAGUACGAGGAGGGCGACGAGGUGAAGGAGGAGGAGGUGGAGGAGGAUGAUGAGGAUGAAGGACACCCACCAAAGUCAAUCACCAAUCCUACACUUGACCAGGAGCUGCAGAGGGCCAUCCACGUGGCCGCGCAGGGCAGGGAUGUCCACCAUAUUCAGCUGUUCAAGCCUGAGGGCAGCAGUCUGGGCUUCAGCGUGGUGGGCCUCAGGUCGGAGAAGCGAGGCGAACUGGGCAUCUACGUCCAGGGCAUCCAACCGACAGGAAUCGCCGCUAAAGAUGGGCGGCUCGAGGAGGGAGAUCAGAUUCUGGCUAUCGACGGGCAGGUGUUGGACUCUUACAUCUCGCACCAGCAGGCUAUAGGCAUUCUGCAGAAGGCCACACGGCUUGUGGAUCUGGUGGUGGCCCGCGCGCCGCCCCUGGAGAAGCAGCCUGACAGUGGUGCCGCCGAGCAGAGCCAGGACACCCAAGAUACCUCCCUCACGCCCUCCCAGGCUCUCCCCUUGCAGGAUCAGCCCGCUACAGACAUGCUGAACACGGAGUGGGCGCAGGUGGAGGUGAUUGACCUCAUCAACGACGGAUCCGGCCUCGGCUUCGGCAUCAUCGGGGGCAGGUCGACCGGCGUGGUGGUGAAGACCAUCCUCCCUGGGGGCGUGGCCGACAGGGACGCGCGCCUUCAGUCCGGAGACCACAUCCUGCAGAUCGGCGAAGUGAACCUGCGCGGCAUGGGGAGUGACCAGGUGGCGGUGGUGCUGCGACAGUCUGGCAGCCACGUGCGCCUCGUGGUGGCCAGACCUAUUGAGCCCACCUCCCCGGACUUCCAGGUCAGGCAGGUCGGAAGAUCAGCCCCCAUCGUUGAGACCCGCGUGCUGAAUGAUCCUGAAGAGCUGGACCGCCGUCUGAGCCUACUGCAGAAUGGUUACACCCCCGCCUCGUCUGCCAUCCCCACCCUCGCUAUCAACGCCCCUGCUCCCACCACCAACGGCCAGCCCGCUCCACCCUACACCAAUGGAGAGCAGCCCGACCUCCUCAACAGGGAGAAACUGGCGGGAGAAGUCACCACAGUCACCACAGAAGCUCACCUACACUACCAGCAGCCACAGGUGGAGGGCGAGGGCGGGUCGUCUGCCUCGUCGCUCUCGCCGCCCGUGGGAGCAGGCGGCCCGCUGACGGACGCCCAACAGGAGCCCUGCGGAGGCGCCCUUGAGGAGGAGGCCCCGACGCGCACCUACACCGAGGAGGAGCUGAGCCUGCUGGCCGAGGAGGGGCUGCCCGAGAUGGAGACUAUUGAGCUGGAGGUGACCAAGGACCACCAGGGCCUCGGCAUCACCAUCGCCGGAUACGUGUGUGAGAAAGAAGAGCUCUCAGGAAUCUUCGUCAAGUCUAUCAACGCUGGCAGUGCUGCGGACAGGAAUGGACAGAUACAAGUCAACGAUCAGAUUGUCGAGGUGGACGGUAGGAGCUUGGCCGGGCUGAGUAACCAUGCCGCAGUGGACGUUCUGCGCGCCACUGGCCAGAUCGUGCACCUCCGCCUGGCCCGCUACCUAAGAGGGCCCAAAUACGAGCAGCUACAGCAGGCCAUUGCCAACUCGGAGCUCAAAACGACACCCACGACUCCCAACCCGCCGAGAGCACCUGUGGGCAGAGGCAGCCUGAAGCACAGGUCCCGCGGCUCCCUGCGAACUGCCAUCACCCGCCAGGCCAAUAUCGGAGGAGCUCCACGGCCCACCAGCCUUGUUCCUGUCCCUGCCGCUCCUCCUCCUGGCGGCGGCGGUGGCGGAGGUGUCGCCCAGCACAGCGCAAACCAAGUGAGCCGCAGCGACUCCUCUACACCCCCAAAACCGCUGCCUCGUCGCCCCCGCCCGCAGCGACCCUCUCGUCUUGGAGAUCUUCCGAGCAGCGAGGCGAUCUGCUCCGCCCUCGGGGAACUGGAGAGGGGCGAAGAGGAGUCGGUCCUGGAGGCCAUCAACCCAGCACUCUCCCCACCUACCUCCUCAUCAACAAUCAUUGCCGAUGUGCCUACCUUCCCCUCCAUCUCCAGCCAGCCCUUGCAGUCUGCCGGGCUGCCCGCUGGUAUCGCUUCCUCCUACGCGACCACCACCAAUGUGCCUCAGCUAUCAUCCGCCAUCCCUCAACUCUCAUCUGAUGUCCCUCCAUUGUCCUCCGGCAUUAGUUCCGAUGUUCGCCUUGAAGACAUUGAGUUGAUGAUUGAUACCAACUAUUCGGGGGAUCUUCGGCCCUCUGUCGAGAGUGCCAUCCAGCGCAAGUGGUCAAGAAUCGUCGGGCCAGAGUUUGAUAUCGUGGUUGCUCAGCUUAGCAAGUUUGAGGAGGGUGGGGGUCUGGGCAUCAGUCUUGAGGGGACCGUGGACGUGGAGGGGGGCCGGGAGGUGCGCCCCCACCACUACAUUCGCUCCAUCCUCCCUGACGGACCCGUGGGCAAGAACAACCGCCUCUGCAGUGGUGAUGAGUUGCUGGAGGUGAACGGCCAGAAGCUGCUUGGGCUGAACCAUGUGGAGGUGGUGGGCAUCCUGAAGGAGCUGCCUCGCUACGUGCGCCUGGUGUGUGGCCGCCGCGCCCCUGGAGCCCCACCACCCCUGCACCCUAUUGAUGCCCCCACCGCUGACAGGGACACCUUUGCUGCACGGAACAUCCUUGGUGGAUCCCUCCAGAACCUUAUCCCUGGCUCAGAACGACUGGUAAAGGCCAAGUCUGAUGGCUCACUGGCUUCCUCGGCAACUGCAGCCACCAAUGACAACUCCUUCAACAGGAUGAAGAGCCGCAGCCUGGAGCCUCUCACUGGCCUGGCCAUGUGGAGCUCCGAGUGCCAAGUGAUUGAGCUCACCAAGGGUGACAGAGGCCUGGGCUUCUCCAUUCUGGACUAUCAGGACCCACUGAACCCUCAGGAGACUGUCAUUGUGAUCCGCUCGCUAGUGCCGGGAGGCGUGGCCGAGAAGGACGGCCGGCUCAUCCCCGGGGACCGCCUGGUGGCCGUCAAUGGCACCAACCUGGAAAAUGCCACUCUGGAUCAAGCAGUGGCAGCCCUCAAGGGAGCCCCUAAGGGAACUGUGUCUAUUGCCGUCGCCAAGCCCAUCAGUGUGUUGGAGUCGACUGGCCAGAUUCGGUCCCCUGACUCAGAUGAUCCUACCGGGGCUGCACAUCCCCGAAGGAGCCUGCUGGACGCCAUCCUCGGGGAGCUGGGAACGCCCCGGGACACGGACAGUCAGCUGCUGGACCGCUCCCUCGAGGACGACCAGGAGCUCAACAGGGGCGAGGCCAGCGAGGACGACCUUCCGGACUACGACAAUGACCUCGACGACUUCUCCGAGGAACAAAUGUACAGCGGCCACAGGCAUUCUGGGUCCGUUUUGUCGAGCGAGUCGGAAGUGCCACCCCUGCCCCUCACCUCACCCCCCCACACCCCCGCCUUCCCCACUGACGAGGAGGAGGAGAUCACAGAGUAUGAUAAUGAGGACUCCUCACAGGAACUGCUGAGGUGUGGCGGGCCAGAGGGGGAGGAGGUGGAGGAGGGAGAUUUGUCAGUCUCCCGCGAACCUCCCAACCUCACCCUCAACCUCGCGUCGCCCCCGAACCUGGUACCCCCGGACACCCACGGGCCGGGGGAGGUGGUGUCCCCUAUCAACGUAUACAAGGCCUCUGUGUUAAUGGUGCCGGUCGCCACGGAGAGACUGAUUGGCAGCGGACCCUCUACAGCCCUGACUCCCGCAGCCUCCAGCACCCCCCUCGCCUCCGCCCACGCCGCCCACCACCACGCCACGCAAGGCGGUGGUUCAGGGGAGGAGGAAGGAGGAAGCCCCCAGUCCUCGCCUUUGCUUCCCCGCUGGGUGGCGCAUCCCCCUGUCCUGCCGCGGGAACUGGAGCGAACCAUCAAGAUCAAAAAGGGCGCAGACCAGAUGGGCAUCAACAUCGAGGUAGUGGACCAGGGAGUGAACGGUGUGGUCAUCUCCUCGCUGGUGAGAAACGGGGCGGUGCACAAAGACGGGCGCUUGCAUGCCGGUGACUUGAUCCUGAGUGUCAACAAUGAAUCUAUGAGGAACAUCACCAACUCGCAGGCCCGCGCUAUCCUCCGCCGCACCCAGCUAGUGAGCACAGACGUGAGCAUCCUCUACAUCAGAGGACAGGACGCUGCUCAGUACAGGGAAGCCUCUCUGCUGCACUACCGUGACGGACAGCAGCAGCAACAGCAGCAACAGCAGCAGGCAUUACAGCAAGGCCAGCAGACGCAGCCUCAGACCAGCCCAAGGAUCUUCCCCAAGUACUACAGGUCUCCAUACGUGCCACGAGGGGAGAGCUCCGAGGACGAGGGUGGUGCUGAGGUGGGCACUGACCUGACCCGCUCCAUCACUGCUCCUUCCUUCAUCACCCGGGAUCUGAGGUCACGUGAUCCAAGUCACGACGACCUCAUUGGAUCAGCCGCCAGUCUCCAGCAGGGGCAGCAGACAGAGAGCAGGGCAGAGGGGCGCUCGGUGAUCAACAUAAAGCACGCCCUCAGCGAGACCUUCGUUGAGUCCCUGACUGAGGAGUCAAACAUUUCAUCGGUGCACAUCGGAGGCGAGAAGGACAGGAACCUUGAGGACGGAGAGGAGGGGCCCUUCACCAUCACCUUCAAGAACGUCUCGGCAGCACCGGCAGACUUCAGCACCAGGGUCGGACAGGAACCCGAGGCAGAGGACCACGAGGUUCUUGGGGUGCUACAGGACGACGGUGACGUCACUACCUCAGAGGCACGCUCCAACUCCUCCAGCCCCAUGCUGGAUGGGAAGCACUGGGGCCCAGAGCGCACAGUGGAGGUGCGUCGAGAUGACAAGAACUCACUUGGCAUCUCCAUCGUGGGGGGGAAGGUGGAUCUCAGUUGGUCUGGAUCCUCCGUUACUGGAAUAUUCAUCAAAAAUGUGCUUCCUGACUCCCCAGCAGGCAAGGGUGGCCACCUGAAGACUGGCGACCGCAUCCUUGAGGUCGAGGGAAUUGACCUGCGAGGAGCAACGCAUGAGAAAGCUGUGGAAGUCAUCAAGAAGACCGGGAAUCCUGUCACUUUUGUGGUGCAGAGCCUGGUGCAAUGGACACCCGGCAACUCUGCCCCCGGCUCGCGCGAUGUGAGCCGCCUGGGCACCCGCUACCCCAACUCCAUCACCCCGGCCAGGACUCCAACCCCAGAGCUCAUCCAGGCCAGAACUCCACUCAGCGAGGUCAGCUCAGUGCAUCAGCGGCCAAGACCUGCUGGAAGACCCUACCCCCAGGAACCAAGAGCCCCUGUGGCAUCAACAAUACCAGAGACCUCCACCCCAAUCCAUGAAUCGUGUCCAGAGCCCGUGAGAUUUGUGCCAGAGUCCCCUAUCCCUGAACCCGAGGAUCCCGACUCACUGGUCAAUCCGUACUAUUACUACGCCCGUGCAGCGUUGGCUCACUGGCACGUGCGAGCCCAGAGAACUAAGGAGAUUGAGCCGGUGGUGGAGGAUGAUGGAGACAGUAGUGAUCAGGAAAACAGUACAAGCAGUAGUAGUGGUAGUACGGCAAGUCGGAGAAUAUUGCGGUUAAAACAUUUUUGUCCCCAUUAUGGUGUCACAAGAACAAGACCAAAUGGGUCCAAAAUGGAUACCCCCCCCUCAGACACGCCCCUCAUGGACACACCACCCUCUGAUGGUCCCGCCGUGGAGGAGUCAUUGCACGAGGAGCCUCAAAUGCCUGACUUGCCCAGGGACAAGCCUCCACCCAGUGAAUCUUUCAUGAUGGAGCUGUCCUGUGAACCAAUACUAAUAGAAUGUGAAGAAAUUGAAACUGUAAGAACUUACCCGCAAACCAACGGAUUAGUCUAUGGUAGCUCUGUACAAAGUGAAGCGUUGCAAAGUAAUUCUGAGCUUGAUAUGAUACAGUGUAAAGAUAACGAUGUGGCUCUAGACAGUAACAUCAUACAGACCCAAAUUUUAUUAGACGACCUCCCAGUACCUUCUUUAAACGAUCCGGGAGUUGAGGAGUACACGUACGACUGGAGAAAGGAUCCACACCUGUAUCAGGGUUGGUGGUGUGUGGGGGGGUCAGUCAGCGAACACUUGGCAGCCCAAGUCCCCACGCAGCCCGUCUCCCCUUACGACAGUCCUGCUCAUUCUCCCACCAAUACGCCCACCAUCGAGCAGCCUGGCCUGCCUGACAUCAAGAAGCAGGAGAUCCAGGCCAAUCUAAAGAAGCCCCUGAACCGCCGCCAGACCACCGAGGACUCUGACAAUGACCUUGAUGAUGUGCACUACCAGCAAGGUCGCAUUGAGACCAAGAAAGGCGUGGAGAUUGACCGAGCCAGUGCAGGAGCCUUGAGGAGAAGCAAAGCAGAGAAGGCCAGCGACACCGAGGAGGAGGACGAGUUUGGCUACACCACCAAAAAGAUUCAGAAGAAGUAUGCAGACCUCAAGGGCGAAGUGGUGGCGGUGGAGCUGCAGAAGGGCGCCAAUGGACUUGGCAUCUCCCUGGCUGGUAACAAGGAUCGCACCCUCAUGUCCGCCUUCGUCUGCGGUCUCAACCCCAACGGGAACGCUUUCAAGGACGGCAAGAUCAAGGUCGGCGACGAGGUGCUUGAGGUGAACGGCAACGUGAUCCAAGGGCGAUGUCACCUGAACGCCUCCAGCAUCUUCAAGGGCAUUCCAGGGCCCAAGGUGAAGAUCAUCGUGCUCAGGAAGAAGACGGGCCUGCAGGAGAUGGCCAUCAAACCCAUCACACAGUUCCCCGUCACGCUAGAGGAUGAGACACCGGAGGAGAAAUAUGCUCGCUUCAAAGGACUGACCAAUAUUAUUAUGAAGAAGGGCCAGACUGGGCUGGGCAUCAUGAUCAUUGAGGGCAAGCAUGCAGAGUAUGGCAAUGGCAUCUUCAUCUCCGACCUUCAGGAGGGAUCUGUUGCUGCCACGGCGGGACUCCUGGUGGGAGACAUGAUCCUGUGCGUCAACAAGGAGGAGAUGGUGGGUGUUGACUACGACCAGGCCACCAACAUCCUCAAGAAGACCGAGGGUGUCAUCAACAUGUGGGUGGCGAAUGCAGCACGCGCGGCAGGAGGGAAGCCAGACGUGCCUCCCAAACCUGCCAUCGCACCGAAACCAUCACUGCCGGCCAAACCUCCCUCCCUAACCGGGCUGCCUCCCCCGACCCGCCUGUCCCCGUCCCCCAUGGAUGACCCCACUUCUUCCCCUCCCCCUCCCCCACGCCCUCUACCCCUGGACCGCCUGCCUGGCCUGGGUGUAACGUCCAUAUCAUCAACCACAUCACCCUCCACGUCACCAUCGUCACAAUCAUCGCUGCCACCAACAGAGGAAAAGGAAAAGCCUCAGGGAUCUGCUCCAGGAGACAAAGAAGCUUCACGCGCAGUAACACCCGUGGUGGACCCGGCAACGGCAGAGAUCAAGCCUGGCAAGGAGACCACCAUUGAGAUUGUGAAGGAGAAGAUGGGGCUUGGGCUGUCCAUUGUAGGUGGCUCCGACACACUCCUGAAAGGUGCUAUAAUCAUCCACGAGGUGUAUCCUGACGGUGCAGCAGCCAAGGAUGGCCGCCUCAAGCCUGGUGACCAAAUCCUCAAUGUUAACAAUGAAAACUUCCGAGAGAUCACUCACCAGAAGGCUCUCAGCGUGCUGCGACAGACACCCUCCAAGGAAAAGGAAAAGGUGAAGAUGGUGGUGUACCGUGAGGAGGGAACACAGAAGGAGGAGGACUUGUAUGACAUCAUCACCGUCCAGCUCACCAAGAAGUCCGGCAAGGGUCUCGGCCUCUCCAUAGUGGGCCGUAAGAAUGGACCAGGAGUUUUCAUCUCAGACGUGGUGCCUGGCGGUGUAGCUGAGAGUGAUGGUCGUCUCAUGCAAGGUGACCAAAUACUGGAGGUGAAUGACAAGGACCUCCGACAAGCAACGCAAGAACAAGCAGCAGCAAUCCUCAAGUGUGCUCCAGGAUCUGUGUCCAUGAAACUGGGUCGGCUAAAGGCAGGGAAGAAGGCCGGCGCUAAUAACAAUGCCAACAGCACGUGGCCAGUGACAAUAAGCGACAAUUCUCCCGACGUGUCCACCAGCCCCUCUCCCGCCGAGCCUCCCAUCCCCAUACCCCGCACACACCUCCCUCCACACCUGCAAACCCACCACCAACUUCCACCACCACCACAGCCACAGCAUCCCCCGAAGGACCCUCAGGAGCCACUGGGCAUCAGGACAAUCUUGCUGGAAAGGCGUGAUGAUGGGCUUGGCUUCUCCAUCGUGGGUGGCUUUGGUUCCAACCUUGGGGACUUGCCUAUCUAUGUUAAGAGUGUGUUUGAGCGUGGCGCAGCAGCACGGGAAGGUUCCCUGCGCCGGGGCGACCAGAUCCUGGAGGUGAAUGGACAGUCCCUAGCCGGCCUGACUCAUGCAGAUGCAGUGGCUAUCCUGAAGGAGGCACGGGGCUCUGUCGCUCUCACCAUUCUGCCAUCCAAGUAAAGAUGAAGAAGCAAUGUGUGUGUGUGUGUGUGUGCGUGUGUGGGUAAGUAUAUGUGUAUGUGCCAGAGUGUGUGAGUGUGUGUGUGCCUGAGAAGUGUCCUCCAUCUGUCGCUGUUUUUCUUAUUUUGCUGUUUUGAUGUUUCUGGUUGUUGCAAGGAGGAUGCUCUAUACACACACCACGCACUAGUUGUAAGGGUUUGGCGCGACAGGAUAAUCACGCCACCAUGUAAAUUAAGGCUCGCCCAUGAUCCCCCACUAAGCCUGUUACCUUGUUUUUUGGGCCAAGAUGGUGCAGCCACUGAAAGACAGGCUUGCAGUACAUACCAACCUGUUCCCAGCCUAUGGCCAUAUCAUGAAGAUUCAUCCAUUGUAAAUGUUAUCAGUUUAUUUGUGGUGUUCCCCUGCACCCUUCCCUUGCCUGAUGAUUGCAGCUCAUUUCCACAAAAAGCUUCUUCCCCACACCACUGCGAGGCCUUUUGGGGACUGCAGCUUUCCUUUCUGUUCAUGGAUGAUAAUAGUUAUACUGUUUUGUUGUGCUCAGAGUUUGUGUUGAUCCUGGGUACCCAUUCUACACCCCUUAAUACCAAUGUGAACUGAUGAGACAAGUGCAAGACUGAUAUAAAGGUACUCACAGGAACCAGUGUCCAAAAGAAAGACUGGAGAAUAUAUACAAUAUAUACAAAAAAAUUACCCUGAAAUUGUAGUUGUGGAUCGGUUGGGAGCUCCCAGGCAAGGGGCAACCCAAGGCACCGAUUAGUUAUGUUAAUGUUGACACCGGCUUUCAGUCUCUGCAAAAAAGUAGCAAUAUAAGACUAAAAAAAUAAAAAAUAAGCUUAAAUAUGAUGUAAAAGUGCUGUAUACACUUAACAUGACAAGUUUGCAAUGUGUGUAUUUUUAUCACUCAUUCAUUUCACAUCAGAUCAAAAUGUUAAUGUGGAACUUGUCAAUCUUUAUAUACAUUGUACAUUUGUUAAGUUGCUGAUCCAAAUUCUAAAUGUAUAAUUGUUCAAGCAAAUAUUGAGUUAGUUGGUUAGAUUGUUUGCAAAGUUUAUACAGCAUAUCAUGUUUAUAUUGGUAUAAUGUAAUGGCAACCAUGCCAUUUGUUUUCAUAGGUCAAUACCUCUAGCUAACUCUCCAUGUUGUUAAUUGCUUGGUGACUGUGAACCUGGUUAAUCCCAAUGGUGGUGCCGACAUAUUGUUUAAAAAGACUUAUUUAUUUUGGAGUGACAUUAUUUUCCACUUGUACGGUUGGCCACGUGAUGCUUGAGGGAAGCCCACUGUUGGGAUGAACCAAGCUUCCUACAGCUGUUAUCUCUUGUUAAAAGAAAUUACCUCUUGAUUCUGAAAAGAUAAUUUAGUAGGGUUGUAUUAUUCAUCAUAGAAUUUAGGAAAAAAUACAAUGGAAGCCGAGUCAGGUUAAACUGGCGACGCAAAUCCUAGUUUUAUCAUAAUUAGGGCAUUAUUUUGUAAUUAUAACUUGCUUUACGUAAUGAUUCAACACUGCAGUGCGGGACUUGAGCCUUAUUUGUUUAUUGAGAGUCCCAGUGUGUUGGUCAGUUCAGAAAGCGUGAACUGACCAGGUGUUGCCAAGGGAGCGUCGAGGUGAGGCACUAGUGCCGUGGGCGAGGCUGCCGGGCCCGGCGGGUCUGGCGGGACAGUCGCCCACACCAGCAUAAUGUGAUGUGCUAAAGCGAUGGUGGUUGAGCCAGGCAGCUGGUACAGGAAAAGUACCGAGCAGUAAGGUCAAAUGUUUUCUGGCUCCCAUGAACAAGUCUACUUGAAGCAAAUGAACCACCACCACAAGUCUACUAAGCUCAUACUGACAUCUUUUUAUCAUCUAUGCAAUAAGGCAGUAAUAUGAAAUAAAAACAUUUCACAUUAA